CGGCAGACUGAAGAAACGGCCCAGCCCAGAACAAAUUGCCGCUCCUCUCUCAGCUGCUCUCUUCUCGUCUCCACGACUCCACCACCCAAGUUCCCCCCACCUUCCCCUCCGCCGCCGCCGUCGCCGCGGAGCAAAUCCUGUGGGUUGGGAGGAUGGCGGACGCCCUGGACAUGUCGCUGGACGACAUCAUCACCAAGAACAAGCCCUCGCACAGCCGCGGCCGCGGCCGCCGCAACCCGUUCUCCGCCUCGGGAGGACCCGCGCCCGCGCGCCGCCGCUUCCACCGCCGCGCCGCCAACCGCUCCGCCGCCGCACCCUACCACCAGCUCAACUUCCAGCCGCAGCAGGUGCCGCCGGCUUUCGGGUACGUUGCCCAGCCGAUGGCCAUGGUGACGGCGCCUUCCACUGGCUUGGACACCGCGCCCACCAAGCUCUACAUCUCCAACCUCGACUCCAACGUCUCCAACGAGGACAUCAAGGAUCUGUUUUCCGAGAUGGGCGAGAUCAAGCGGUACUCCAUUAACUACGACAAAAGUGGAAGAUCGAAGGGAACUGCAGAGGUUGUCUUCUCGACAAAAGCAGAAGCUUUAGCUGCUCUCAAAAAGUACAACAACGUGCACCUUGAUGGCAAACCUAUGAAAAUCGAGGUCAUUGGGACAAACAUUGAGGCACCAGCACCUGCUAUUUUCGCUUUCGCUCCACCUCCACUACCUGGAAACUUCAAUUUUCCUCCCAAAAGUGGACCUGGGAGGGGUGCUGGUGGUCGAGGAUGGUCUCGGGGCGGAGGUGGGUUCAGUGGUCGUGGCCGAGGGCGUGAUGGUGGCCGAGGGCGUGGUGCUAGCCGUGGGCGAGGGAGGGGAGGGCGUGGCAAUGUGGAGGUUUCUGCUGCAGACCUCGACGCUGACUUGGACAAGUACCACUCGGCUGCGAUGCAAACCAGCUAGAUGGCUCUUGCACUGCCUUGCAUGUAUUGUUCUUUUGGUAGUGAUAGAUGGCUUUGACCUAGUACUAAUUAGACUACGAUUUAUGCUGUCCAUUUGAUCCUAUUCAAUCAUGGUGUUGGGUGAUGAAAUCGGAGGGAAACAUAUCCAUCUGAUGAGGUACAUUCCUUUGCAACAUAGCGCUGUAGGGAGGGAAUUAGUCCAUCUCAGACGAGACUUUCUGAUGUGGAAUCAAAUUCAAGAUUCUGUCUUGCUA